UUUAAGCCUUUAUAUAUAUUUUUUCCAAAUAAAACAACAAAAGAAAACAUGAAACAGGAUUAAAAGUUCAGUUUUUAACGUUUUAACAUUUUUGGAAAACUUUUUCUGGAAUAAAGAUGAUGCUGAUUUGGACGUUAGUGGUCCUGAUGCUGCUGACAGGAGCGUGUGCGCAGCUCCGCUACACAGUUCCAGAGGAACAGGACCGUGGAACAGUGGUAGGAAACGUGGCCGAGGAUUUAAGACUGGACAUUACGCAGCUGUCGGCGCGCCGCUUCCAGACCGUGCCUGGUCCCCGGGGCGCGCCCCCGCCGCUGCUCGCGGUGGACGUGGAGAGCGGUGCGCUGGUGGUGCGCGGGCGUAUGGACCGGGAGCAACUGUGUGGCGAGAGCGCGCCGUGCCUCGUUCACGUGGAGGUGUUCUUGGAAGACCCGCUCGAGCUGUUCCGCGUGGACACUGAAGUGCUGGAUGUAAACGACAACGCACCGCGCUUUCCUCGCGCCGAUAUCAAUGUGGAGAUCAGUGAGAGCGCGGCACCGGGGACGCGCUUUCCUGUGGAUGCUGCGCUUGACCCGGACGUGGGAACGAACGCCCUGAGUGGGUAUGCCAUUACCAGCAAUGAGCACUUUCGCUUGGACGUGCAGACGCAAGGGGACGGUAGUCGGUACGCCGAGCUCGUACUUGAGAAAGCUUUGGACCGGGAGAUGCAGCCCGUGCACAGGUACGUGCUCACGGCGGUGGAUGGGGGGCAGCCUCAGCUCACCGGGACCGCGCUCCUGGUCGUCACAGUGCUGGAUUCGAACGACAACGCACCCGUGUUUGGGCAGAACGUAUACGCCGUCACCCUGCGUGAAAACUCGCCCACGGGCACUCUGGUAAUCAAGCUAAACGCCACGGACGCGGACGAGGGUGCGAAUGGAGAGGUGGUGUAUGCCCUCAGCGCGCACAACCCACCGCGCGUGCACGAGCUGUUCAAUGUGGAUUCGCGCACAGGCCGCGUGGAAGUUACUGGAGAGUUGGAUUAUGAGGAGAGCGGCGCGCGUGAAAUCCAGAUCCACGUCCAAGCUCGUGACAUGGGACCGAACGCCGUGCCCGCGCAUUGUAAAGUCACGCUCAAACUUAUUGACGUCAAUGAUAACGCUCCUGAGAUCGUCUUCAGCACCGUGAGCGAGUCUGUAAGCGAGAGCGCGCCUCCCGGGACCGUGAUCGCCAUGCUGAGCGUUUCAGACCGGGACUCAGGUGAGAACGGGCGCAUCACCUGUGAGCUUCCCGGGAGCGAGCGCGGUGAAGACCUGCCGUUCAGGCUCAAACCCUCUUCAUUAAAGAAUUACUACACCAUAGUGACGGACGCGGCGCUAGAUCGGGAGCGCGCAGAUGCCUACACGCUCACGGUGGUGGCGCGCGAUCACGGGGCGCCUCCGUUAACAGCGCGCGAGACGAUCCGCGUGCGCGUGUCGGACGAGAACGACAACGCGCCACGCUUUUCACAGGACUUGUACGAAGUGCGCGUGACAGAGAACAACGUGCCCGGCGCAUAUAUCUACGCCGUGAGCGCCACGGACGCGGACGCCGACGAGAACGCGCAGAUCACUUAUUCAAUCGAGGAGCGCCAGAUCCAAGGUAUGAGCGUGUUGACGUACGUGUCCGUGAACGCCGAGAACGGAUAUGUGUACGCGCUUCGCUCCUUCGAUCACGAGCACAUCCGCGAGUUCAGUUUCACGGUGCGCGCCGUGGAUGGAGGGAAUCCCGAGCUUUCUACAAACUCCACGGUGCACGUGUUUGUGAUGGAUCAGAACGAUAACGCGCCCAGCGUGAUCGCCCCUCUGGGAAAGAACGGUAGUGCGGCGCGCGCACCUUUACCCAAAUCGGCCGAACCUGGAUACCUGGUGACGCGCGUGAUCGCGACAGACGCGGACGACGGCGAGAACGCGCGACUUAGCUACAGCAUCGCGCACGGUAACGACCUCGGUUUGUUUCGGAUGGACUGGAGGAGUGGGGAGCUGCGCACCGCACGGCGCGUGGCCGCCGGGAAACCCGACUCCACACAGGUGCGCGUGUACGAAUUGCUGAUUGAAGUGCGCGAUCACGGACAGCCGCCACUUUCCUGCUCCGCUCGCAUCGACGUAGUCCUGGUGGACGAGGAUGUUGACCCCGAGGGGACUGGAGCGCGCGGCGGGGCGCGUGGCCGGGCACGGGGCUCAAUUCGGUCGAACGAGAACUCACAGGAAAUGACGCUGGUGUUGCUCGUGGCGCUUGGUUCGAUCUCCUCGGUUUUCCUGCUUGCCAUGAUCGCACUGGCAGUGCGCUGCCGCCGGAAGGACAAAAAACUGAGCGCGUUCACGUGCUUGACGAGAGACUGGUGCUGCGGCGCGUGCAGGUGCUGCUCGUGCUGUAGCCGCCGAUCUCGCGCACGGCAGAAGAAGCAGCUCAGUAAGUCGGACAUAGUGCUCGUGCAGAGUGGCGGGGGCGCGCCCGUGCAGGUACCCGUGGAGGAAUCUGGGACCAGCGGUGGGAGCGCGCAUCUACAUCAACACCUUCAUCAUCACCACUGCUACCAGGUGUGUUUGACGCGUGAAUCCGCCAACACCACCGAACUGAUGUUCCUACAGCCGUGCACCACCGACACCGAGCAUGGUACCGGGGCCACUGGCAUUCUCCGCACUGACCAGCAACCUGAUAUCCUGUCCAAUGGGAGCGUCCUGUCUGGAGAGAUAAAGCACCAGAGACCAGAACUGAGUUACCUGGACAGACCACGUCGUGUUAACAGUUCAGUAUUUCAGGAGGACAUAGUGAGCUCAAAGGACAGUGGCCAUGGAGACAGCGAACAAGGAGACAGUGACCAUGAUGCUACAAACCGCCUACACUCCUCUGACCUCUUCUCCAACUGUACAGACGAGUGUAAGGCUCUCGGGCACUCAGACCGUUGCUGGAUGCCCUCCUUCGUCUCUGGAGAUGGUCGCCAUGGUGCCGAUUACCGUAGCAACCUGCACGUCCCUGGGAUGGACGCGGUGAUGGACGGAGAGCACGUAAGAGGGUUUCCUAGCACGUUCUGCACCGACAGUGCAUCUGAAACAUCAUGAACUGAGCAGCCAAACCUUGAGCAGCCAAAAAUAUCCAGCGGUGUGUUUACAUUUUUAUUUAGAUUCCGUCAUUGCUGAUUUAUUUUGUAAGCCGAUCUGAUGGACGCUGGACUCUAAGAGAGCAUUCUCAGCCGGACUGAGGAAACAGCACUUUUCCAAAAAAAAUAAAUGGAACAAAAAGGAUGGACCAUACAAAAAGAAGAAAGGACAACAAGUUAAGAAGACAACAAUGGAUGGAUUACAGAAAAAAGAAUAAAAACACAAUACAAAGGAUUAAUGGAUGUUUUGGACAUGAACUGAUGAAUCUCAGUCUCUGUUUAGUUGAUUGUAAACUGACCAAUCUGAACCCUUUAUCUGUGUAACACACACACACACACACACACACACACACACACACACACACACACACACACACACACACACACACACACACACACACACACUUACUCGUAAUGGUUAGAUAUACGUAGGUGACAAAAUAUCCAUGUAUUUCCAUGUACAUUGUAUCUAAAAAUUAUUAUUUAGUUUAUUAAAGCUGCAGUUAAGAGUAAAA